AUGGCAUUCGCAGCCGAGGAAACUCAAGAAGGUAAUGUGGUGCUCUACAUAGUUGUUGGCCUCUAUCUGGUUCUGCUGACAGCAAUAGCAAAGCUUGCGCACUCGAGAAAGCAAAAGGCGGCAGCUGCGGUUGGCCAUGUGCAGGCCCACUUCAGCGGUUCCUUCGGGUCUUUGACCUUGGCGCUCACAACUUUCUCCACCGUGUACUCCGGCUACACGGUCACAGGGAUCCCAGAUGAAGCCUUCACCAUGGGCUUCGUGUCGCUGAGAUGGGUCGGAGCAACGCUCGUGAUAGUGGCCGGGAUGCUGCUGCUGUAUCCACGGCUGCGCCGCUUAUCUGUCGAGCGCAACUAUACGAGCCCCUUUGACUUCAUUUCCGACCGCUUCGGCACCAAACGACUCAGGCUCCUGUGUGCAGCCUGUGGUGUUGUUCCCAUGCUGCUUUACAUCGCAGUGCAGAUGGUGGCCUUUGCAGCUAUGGUUGAAGGCAUGACGCUGCAAGCCAUCCCGAAGACGCCCAGCAUGCUUAUGUUUUGUGCCAUCAUCAUCACGCUUGAGAUGCUGGGAGGGAUGAACAGUGUGGUCCUCACUGACGCCAUACAAUGUGCUGUUAUGCUCUGCUCGUUCUUGCUCACACCAUUUGUCCUUGGGGUUGAGUAUGGCUUUUUGCCGCAGAUGGCACCUGCCGACUGCGACUACCUCAUCCACGUGUUCGCUAACGCCUCAGACCCUCACGCAGCGCCGGGUGCCUGCUUGGGAAAUGACUGCCUCCCCUCCGGCUGUCUUGCAGCCGUCAGGCCCGAUUUCUAUAAUUUCCCAAGCAGGUCCACUUUCUGUGACAUACUCUUCUUCUUGUUCAACAUGCUAGCUGCGCCUGUCACACCUCACUUCGUCCAGCGGGCAUACCUGGCCAAGACUGAUGCAGACUUGCGAAUCGUAAUGGGCGUCAUGUUGGUGGCACCAUUUAUUGCACAGCCCCCUGGCAUUGUCAUGGGGCUUGUCAAAGCAGCAAACAAUCCUGCCUGGCCGCCGGUUGAUCAAGAAGCCACGGCAUUUUCUGGGGUAAUGGCACAAUUGAAGUUAGUGGGUGUGCUGCAGUAUGUUUUUGUGUCAAUCAUGACCUGUUGUGCGCUUGCGGCCAUUAUGUCGACAGCAGACUCAGCUCUGAUGGGUGUUUCCAGUGUGAUAUCCAAUGACAUUAUCUCGGGCACCCUUCUUCCUUCCCUGUCGAGCCGUAACGUCGUGAGAGUGGGCACGCUUGCUUCCCUCCUAGCGUGCACGGCCUCUUUCUUUCUGGGCAAUUCCUUGAGCAGCGUGCAAAUGGGCAACAUCAAAAGCUUCAACGGAGGCAUGAUGAUGCAGCUUUUGCCAGCUUUUGGCAUGGGUCUGUACACGAACGUCUCAGAGCGAUCCAUCGUUUUGGGGAUUAUUGUGGGCCUCCUGUCCUUGCUAGUUCUAGUGAUCUGCGGAGAUGCACUCGGAGAUUAUGUGCCGGACAUCAGUCUAUCAGCCUUCAUGAACUUUCUCACGGUGGGGAUUGCCCACACCUUCAUGCACAGUGAUGGCAACUCGAAGCUGCUGGACCUUAAUACCAUCCGAGGAGCCAUGACCUCCUCCAAGGAACCUAGGAUGGCUUUGAUUGUGCUGAUGCUGGGCCUUGCUCUGGUGUCCACACCAUGGUACGGCUCCCCUGGCAAACAAGAGCCGGUGAUUUUUGGCUUUCCGCGGUGGGGUUUUAUACAGCUGGGAGCUUUUAUUCUGGUGUUUGCGAUUGGGGUGAUGGCUGUGCUUCUCUGGCAGCCCCCCAGCGCCAAGGAGAGUUCCAAGGAUUCGAGCUCACAGCAGCAGGACGAUAUAUGCGGGGUCGCACAUGGACAAUCCACUUCAAGCACGGAGCCGCCGACCCCUUCAGCUACAAAGUGCUAG